CUUAACGUGUCGUUCGUAUACGUAUGCUGCCAAGUUUUUCGCGAGUGUGCCGAUAACGAUGAUGAUUUGAUCGUGUGAUGAUUUGACCACAUAUUAUUUACAACAGUGCGAGUGUUUCUCAAUUUUUGUGCUGUGACGAUAUGAGCCAAGUUCAAGUACAAGUGCGGGCGGACAUUUCUGAUGGAUGCCACUGCGUCGAUUAAAAUGAAGCAAACACUGACGGGCCUAUCAUGAAACAUACGAGACGAGAGGCGGGGUGGCAGAGUUAUAGGAUAACCCGUGACAAAUCAUGGAACAGGUAGUUUUACUGAUAGGAGCCGUCCUUAUCGCGUCGGCUCUCUGCGCCGAAGAUGAGAGUAGACAUCUGUUUGCCCAUUGUAUGCUGCCGCUCGGAAUGGAAGAGGGAAAAAUUCCGGACGACGCCAUCAGCGCUUCCUCCAGCUACGAGAGCAAGUCCGUUGGGCCACAGAAUGCAAGGAUACGACAGGAGAAGAACGGCGGCGCGUGGUGUCCGAAGGCGCAGAUAAGCAGCGACAUCCGUGAGUACCUCGAGGUAGACUUAACGAAGGAUCAUCUAAUAACGUGGACGGAGACACAAGGCCGCUUUGGUAACGGCGAGGGCCAAGAGUACGCCGAGACCUUCUUCCUCGAGUACUGGCGUGACCUCAAGUGGCAUCCCUACAAGAAUCUUAGGGGCGACAGGGUAUUACGUGGUAACAGCAACACAUACCUGGUGGAAAAGCAAAAGCUCGACCUGCCGUUCGUGGCGAGCAGGGUGCGCUUUGUUCCUUACAGUCAGCAUCCACGCACCGUCUGCAUGAGGGUCGAGAUUUACGGCUGCGUGUGGCAGCAAAGGGUAGCAAGGUACACAAUUCCAAUGGGCGAGUCAUACGGACCAGGUGGUUGUAAUGUUGAAGAUUCAUCUUACGACGGUAAUGUGGCGAACGGUACGAUGUCCGGUGGAUUGGGUCAACUGACGGACAACAUAUUGGGCGACGCUACGGAAAUAUUCGCCUCGUCGAGUGGUAGCAGUUGGCUUGGUUGGAGUCACAGAAGACUCAUCGAACUCGUGUUCGAGUUCAAAGAAGUGCGAGAGUUCGACAACUGCAGCGUGCACGUGGCUAACGUGCCGAGACGCGAUGUGGAGGUGUUCUCGUCGAUACAAGCAUCGUUCUCGUACGACGGCAAGGAGUACGAGGCAACGGACAAAAUCGAGAUACCUAACGACUUCAAAUCGAACGCCGGCAUGGUCACGAUACCUCUCCAAUUAAAAACGGGACGCUUCGUUAAGCUGGAAAUCAAGCCGAGAGCCAAGUGGUUACUAAUAAGCGAGGUUGUUUUCGAGUCAGUUCCAGGCUUGCGAAAUCUUACGAAUGACUUGACACCCGAGCAAAUUCUCGUGCUCGAGCGCAAUGAGACUGACGUGCCUGAACAAAUCCUACCGAAAAGCGAAUUUAACGAGACAACCUAUCCGCCGAAUCCAAACUUGACGCCAGAUGCCUUUCCAAUUGGUAACUCGCAGACGUACAUCGGACUGGUAAGCGGAGCCCUGACAGUAAUCGCCCUGCUGCUAAGCUGCACGAUCUUCCUAAUGAAGCAACGUGGUCGUAACAAAGUGGCACUGCUGCAGAAGCACACGGCGCUACUGUGUGGCCCGAAUGCACCCGGUAUAACCAUCAACAUGAAAGACAUCAAGCUGGCAACGCCGAUGGUGAUGAACGGUUUGUCGCAGUCGCGACUGUCGAUCAAAAGUAAAAAUCUCGCAUCGGCACUCGUGGACGAUGGUCUUGGUACGCUCGGCGGUAGCGCCAGAAGUGACAACGGCAGCGAGUACGAGCAGUGCAGCGCUUACGAGAGGACUUACAAGUUGUUUUCCGAGGAGAAUUUGGCGUACGAACCGGCGCCGACGCACAAGAGCGAGAGAUUUUCUACUUGUAGUGGUGUAACGGACUUCAGCGAGCACAGCUAUCAGGAAGAGAAAUCCAGUGAAAGAAUAACGCCAACUUCAUUUUCGUCGGCAAAGCGUCACGGACUAACCACGUCCAAGUCCAACCACAAGGUUCACGAGGGUUACUAUGCCGCCACGGACAUUCUAACGAUCAAACGUCGAGAGCAGCACAGCACGUCGAGUCUAUUCACGCCGCUACAAAUUCAAGAAAGUGCCCAGUUGUCGAACACGUCAAGCAUCUACAAUAUCCAACAAAUAUCGAGGCACCGACUGAGGAUCCUCGAUAAGUUCGGCGAAGGCAGCUUCGGCCUGGUUUACUUGUGCGAAGCUAAAGGCAUUCAAAGUCCCGAGAUGGGUACCAUACGCAAUCGGCAGAUAGUUAUCGUCAGAUCGCUCUGGAGAGGCGUCACGGAUUCUCUCAAGAAGGACUUCAUGAAGGACAUGCACCUCUUGGCGGCGAUACGCGACGUGAACGUGGCGCGCAUAAUCGCGUUGGUCGAAGAGGAGCCGAUGGGAGCUGUAUUUGAAUACGGCGAGCUUGGUGACCUGCCAACCUUCAUGAAGAGCAGCGGGGAAAACGGGAACGGCGACUUCACUCUCAGUUACGGCUGUCUUCUUAAUUUCAUCACGCAGAUUGCCUCGGGCAUGAAGUACCUCGAGAAUCUGAAAAUUCCUCACUGCGACUUGGCUGCAAGGAAUUGCAUAGUGAAUAAGAAUCUGAUUAUCAAAGUGUCGGAUCACGCGCUCUACUGCAGCAAAUACGAUCACGAGUACUUCGUUAAUGGAUAUUACGCCAAAGUACCUCUCAGGUGGAUGGCUUGGGAAGCCGUUCUCAUGGGCAAGUGCAGCAACGCCUCCGACGUGUGGUCGUACGCGGUGACGGUGUGGGAGAUCUUCACCUCGUGCAGCGAGCAGCCGUUCGCCGAGCUCACUUCCGAGCAAGUACUGGAGAACUGUAGUCGCUGGUACCAGAGUAACAACAUCAACAUCAACGCCAGCAGCGGCAGCAGCACCAGCAACAUCAACAACAACCAGCCACCCCCGCGAAUUCUGACGCAACCGAGCCUUUGCCCGCGAGAACUUUACCGAAUGAUGAGCAAAUGUUGGAGCAGGCAUACCGAGGACAGACCGAACUUUGAGGAAAUUUAUCUGUUUCUCAAGAGGCUUACCUUCGACUGAAGUGCUUCGACCAUUGCGUGUGCGUGAUUCUACGUAACGUUCGUUGUAUCAAAUGCAUAUCGUCUUUCCUCGACUCAUAUCAAUGCAUACAUAUUUGUCGUUUGAUGCCGUUUUUUUCACAUUGUACGAAUGGACCAAAUCGAUCUUACAAUUGUCGCUAGAUCAGCUUGAUUCCUGUUUUUUCGAGGGAUCUAGUUGCGACUCAUCAAUCAAUGAGUGAUGGAUAAGGUAUUCGCUGCAAGCGCGUGAGAAUGACCAUUUUAUUUCGCAAGUCGCGCGCUGCCAAGCUCAUUUUUCUCGUGCUCAAUUUUGCGGAAAGCAGACGCUCGUUCGAGAAACGGUUUGCUCGAAUAGUCGUGCAUUAAACAUUAUUCAUCGAUGAAAGAAUGCAUUUUACGCCCUUGUAAAAAGUUCAACGUGCUACCAGAUAUCCAGAAACAUUAAAUUACUCCGUAUCUGUAAAAAAAAAGAAGCAAGUAUCGAGCAUUUUUGUUAUUGCAUAUAACAAACAUGUAUAAAACAACAAUUGUGUCUUUCUAACGAUAUUGCACUGAUGUAAGCGCCAUUAGUGUAUUUUCUAGUACUUAAAGCUUCCCAAUUGCGCAUAUUGUAUAAGAUGACUCGGUCCGAGUAAUCGCAAAAUUACAAAACAAGAUCGUAGUAGUUCCUGUAGUCGAAAGAAACUAAAUUUUAUACGCAUAAUUUUACGAUUAUUCAGAGCUAGUCGAUGAUGAAUUGAUUGAUUUGAUUUACAAGCGUAAGGAAUGUCGUACACAAAAGUUUAUAUACAUAUAUAAGAUUGUAAACGCUAAGUAUAUAAGCUAAUAAUUAAUGGACAAUGUCAAUAAUAUUUAUUCGCAUUUGUGAGAAUGUAAACGUCCUUCUCGAAUUUCACCGAUUAGUUUUUUUUUUGUAAAUCGAGGAGACUUAUCCAUUGAUCUUCUCAAUUAAUAACAGAAAGAAACUUUUUCCACUGAUUGCUGGACGACUUUGUGAUUGCGACGAAUUGAUUUGGAAUGAUGUAGCGAGAAUAUUGUUCACUUUCACUUUCGUAGCUGUAAGAUUAGCUAAUUAUCGCAUUUUUAUAAGAUGUAAUUAAAGGAUCGUUCGGUGCUCUAUGCCAUUGUCUAUAAAAAUUGCUCGCCGAAAAUGAGAGUAUUUCACUUCGACUUGUGUGCGAAUUGACAUUUCUAUAUUAGCGCUGUGAGUUCAAUGAGAAAUUGCUAACUGAUAUGAAAUAGUUACAUUAAAAGGAAUGUUAU